GCCUUUCUACUUUGCCAAGAAAAUCAAUAUUAUACUCUCGUAUAUAAGAACAUGUAAUAAACUUUCAUUUAUCACAAUCAUCUGCCCUGGCGGCCUCCAUUAAAAUUAUCCCAACCCACCCAAACAAACACAGAAGACAAGAAGAGAGGGAAGAAGAAGAAGAGGAUGAUAAUGAUUAACCGACCACCCAAAUUCUUGUUCCUUCACCUCCUCCUUGCCUUUUUACUAGCAGCCAUGGCAAUAGGAGAUGUCACUCCAGGCUCAACUCUCUAUGCCUCUGACACAGAUCAGGCUUGGCUUUCUCCGACCCAAACUUUCUCAUUUGGCUUUAUCCCACUCAGCCCCCAGAGUUCCCCUCCUUCUUUCCUUGCUGCCAUCUACUAUUCCGGUGGCAUCCCUAUUUGGACUGCAGGCGCCCCCGUUGACUCAGCUGGUUCUCUCCAGUUCCUCUCCACUGGAACACUUCGCCUCCUCAAUGGCUCCAGCUCUAUCGUCUGGGACUCUAACACAGGGAAUCUUGGAGUCUCCUCCGCUUCUCUAGAUGACUUUGGCAAUCUAGUUCUGAAAAAUGAUACUGCCACUGUUUGGUCCUCCUUCGACAACCCUGUUGAUACGACUGUCCCGUCCCAGAAUUUCACAGUUGGUAAGGUUUUGCGUUCUGGGUUAUACACCUUUAGUCUUCUUAGUUAUGGUAACAUCACUCUUACAUGGAAUAAUAGCAUCACUUAUUGGAAUAAAGGUUUGAAUUCCUCGUUCAACAGUGAAAAUUCUAGUUUAAAUUCGCCGAGUUUGGAAUUGCAAUCUAUUGGAACUCUGUCUGUGUUCGAUGAAACGCUGCCUUCUGUUGGAGCUAUCAUGGUGUAUAGUGAUGAUUAUGCUGAAGCUGGUGAUAUGCUAAGGUUUCUGAAAUUAGAUAAUGAUGGGAACUUAAGGAUUUAUAGCUCUCAAAGGGGUAGUGGGACUCUAACGGAUAGAUGGGCAGCUGUUGAAGAUCAGUGUAGAGUUUAUGGAUAUUGUGGGGAUAUGGGGAUUUGUAGUUAUAAUGAUACGGGUCCAAUUUGCAGGUGCCCAUCUCAGAACUUCGAAUUUAUUGAUCCAAAGGAUAGUAGGAAAGGGUGCAAGAGGAAGGUGGAGACUGAAGAUUGUCCGGGGAAUGUUACAAUGUUGGAUUUGGAACACACUCUGCUGUUGACUUACCCUCCACAGAGUGUAUUUGCUGGUGGUUCGGAGUCAGAGGUUUUCUUUAUUGCUGUAUCAGCAUGUAGAUUGAAUUGUCUUAGCAAUGCCGGUGGUUGUGAAGCUUCCACUGUGUUGUCUGAUGGCACAGGCCAGUGUUAUUUAAAAAAACCUGGUUAUAUUACUGGUUAUUCGAGUCCUGCACUUCCUUCAACUUCACAUAUCAAAGUUUGCUCCCCAGUACUUCCAAACCCAUUACCUUCGCAGUUGUCUGGGAAGAGCAGUGGUUGGAGGGUACAUGGGUGGACUUUAAUCGUUCAGGGAGUAGCUAUCGUUUUCGGUUUGAUCAGCUUGGAAGCUGGUUUAUGGUUGUGGUGUUUUAGAAACAGCCCCAGAUUUGGAGGACUAUCUGCCCAAUAUGCUCUUCUUGAGUAUGCUUCUGGUGCGCCAGUCCAGUUCUGGUAUAAGGACCUUCAACGCGCAACAAAAGGGUUCAAGGAGAAGCUUGGAACUGGAGGAUUUGGGAGUGUGUACAAAGGAGUUCUUGCCAAUGGAAUGGUUGUUGCAGUGAAGCAACUUGAAGGAAUUGAGCAGGGGGAGAAACAGUUCAGAAUGGAGGUUGCCACUAUAAGCAGCACGCACCAUCUGAAUUUGGUAAGACUAAUUGGCUUUUGCUCUGAAGGGCGCCAUAGGCUGUUGGUAUAUGAGUUCAUGAAAAAUGGGUCUCUUGAUCAAUUCCUUUUCAUCACAAACAAUCAAACGGGGAAAUUGUUGAAUUGGGAGCAAAGAUUCAGCAUUGCCCUUGGCACUGCCAAGGCCAUCACAUACCUCCAUGAGGAGUGCCAUGACUGCAUUGUUCACUGUGAUAUAAAGCCUGAAAACAUUCUCUUGGAUGAGAAUUACACUGCCAAAGUCUCAGAUUUCGGUCUUGCAAAGCUGAUUCAUGCCAAGGAGCAUAGGUCAUUGGCAAGCAUUAGAGGCACUAGGGGAUAUUUAGCACCAGAGUGGCUUUCAAAUCUUCCAAUAACAUCAAAAUCUGAUAUUUAUAGUUAUGGUAUGGUUUUGCUGGAGAUUGUGGGUGGAUUUAGGAACUUUGAAAUGUCUGCAGAAACAAAUAUGAAAAAGUUUUCAGUGUGGGCAUAUGAAGAGUUUGAGAAAGGUAAUGUCUGGGGAAUUGUUGACAGAAGGCUAGCUGGUCACCAAGGAGUGGAUAUGGAACAAGUGAUGAGGGCAAUUCAAGUAAGCUUUUGGUGCAUUCAGGAGCAACCAUCACUGAGGCCGAGAAUGGAAAAAGUGGUGCGGAUGCUGGAAGGGAUUGUAGAGAUUGAUAAGCCACCUUCCCUUCUGGCCGUGCCGGAACAGUCUAUUAGUGGAUUCAAUACAUAUUUGAGCAGCGAUGUUAGCAAUUUCUCUCACAGUCACACACUCUCAGGACCAGCUCCUACUUCAUCUUCAUCAUUCCAGGCUGCAAGUUUGUCAACUCCUGCUUCUGAGGGAAAUUUAGAAAGGGCUUCUUCUGCUCUUUUACGAUCAGAAGACUAAGCUGAACUGCCUAUUCAUGCCAAUUUUUUGUAUGUGACAUUGCUUUUCUUUGCAUUUGUUUUAUUGAAUUUAUGGUUUAAACCAGUGGUAAACCCAUGUACUUAAAAUACAGAGUGCUAUUCAAUUGUUCUGGUUGAACGUUUCA